UGUAUUAUGUGAAAUUGUGAAGCCAUAGUGUCAUUAUGUUAAUGAUAAACAUGAUAAUGGCAACUUUUUCAAUAAACUACUAGUAUAUGGUUUUUCUAGUAAUGUAAUAGUAUGGGUUUAUUGAAAAAUGGAUAUGAAUGUGUGUGUGACAUUAAUUACAUGUCUAACUUCCAGAAAGAGAGAAAAGAAGGCAGCAGUUACUAAGCCGAGAAACGAACAUCAGCUUCGAGUAAAUCAAAUUCUACAGUGUCCUCGGGCCAGGUGGCUUUGACCAAAAUUAUCCUCAAAUUUAUAAAUUUCCCGUUCUACCCCCUCCCUUGACAAGUAUCGAUCAUGUAACCAACACUUAUCUUUUCUUAACUAAUACGGUAAAGAGUCGUUAUAUAACGAUUUGAUUAGGAUCUGAAGUUGUAAUCCAAUCAAUAUUUUUUCUUUGCAUAUUCACUAAUAAAAGUAUCAUUUUCUUUCUAUCAUUCAAAAACGCAAUUUAUGUGAUUUCAGGAAAAUUUUCUCUUAUAAAAUUUAUGUAUAAGCAAAAAUAAUAAUUGGGUUUUAUGUGUAAAUAAUAUAUCAACCAUCAGGCAAGUCACGAGAAAAAAAAAUCCAUCAGGCAAGUUUAACCAGUUAUAAAAGGCCUAAAAAGGUUAGAGAAACCAUUUUACCAACGAUUUUCUUCUAGUUCAUGGUUCUCUCUUCUCUCAUUUUCUUACUCAGCUUCUUCCACAAAAGUUCUAAUAAAUAAAUAAUCAAGAAAAAAUCACAAUGGGAGAUACCGCAGAAGACCAAGAUGACCAAACUAUGGUGGAAGCUGUCGGAGUCCCGAGCUUCUCGGAGCUUCUUAUGUUGUCGGACGGGUUUCUCAGCUCCUCUGAAGACCACCACCGCGAAGUUAACGGUGGCGAUGGUGGAGAAGACAGCUUCGGUUUUGUAUUCUCCGGUACAAAUGGGUCAAAAAUGCUCUGUUUCAGCGGAGACUGUCAAAACGGCGACGAAUCGCUCUUCCAAGAACCUUCUCUUCCUUCCGGAGUAUCCGUUUCUGAUCCUUCUUCAUGCACUAUUAACACUUGCAAGAACUCGAAUGACACUUGUACUAACGAGAAAUCAACUAAAUCUUCAAACAAGAGAACCGGGUCGGGUAAUGGGCAAAACAUGGAUCAUAACCAAAAACCAAGCAAGAAAUGCAAGAAAAAUCAGGAUAAAUCAUCAGUUGGAAUUGCAAAGGUAAGGAAAGAAAGGUUAGGGGAAAGAAUUGCAGCGUUGCAGCAACUGGUUUCUCCAUACGGAAAGACAGAUGCAGCUUCUGUCUUGCAUGAAGCGAUGGGUUACAUCAAAUUCUUACAAGACCAGAUCCAAGUCCUUUGCUCUCCUUACCUGAUCAACUAUUCUCUUGACGGUGGAGCUGUUACCGGAGAUGUAAUGCCAGGGAAGAAAGUGAGAGACUUGAGAAGCAGAGGAUUAUGCCUAGUACCUGUCUCGUCCACUGUACACGUUGAAAACUCUAAUGGUGCUGAUUUAUGGUCACCUGCUACUGCUAGUAUGGGUCACACUAUGUCACCCUCUCAAUGAAUCAAUGGAUAUUGGAUUUACUUUUCUAGGCAGAUAUUAUCAUAUAGUGUUUCUUUUUGAUUUUUGUUCAAUAACUACUAUUUACAAAAUUUCACCCAUUUCUUUUUGUAAUCUGAGGAUCAUCUGGGUGAUCUAUAAGAAAGAAUCUGGUUGAACUUUCUUUAAUGAUUAUAACACUAAAUAUUCAAAUUCCAAGUUUUUUCUCAA